AUGGAGCCAUUUCUGGUGGAUGAGCUUAGAAGAAAAGUUGCAGCAAAAGAUAUUAUCCAUUUUCAGGGAAAGGUGAUUUUCAGUACUUCUGCAAACGUAAGCAGCAUCCUCAAUAUAAAAUCUGCUGAGAGACUCUUUCUGUUGCUCAAUCAUGACACACCGUUAAAGCUGCCAGCCCACGUCAACCAAGCAAAGGCCUCAUCUCUUCUGCAGUCCAAGCUGAUUGGAGACAAGAAUGAAUUGGAAAAAGUUGCAAUGUUAUGGUUGUGCCUGCAGGAGGAGCUAAUGACCAAUGACUCUAAAGUCCUGCUAAGCACUGCAAUAGAUGAUGGGCCUCUUGGAGACAAAUGCAUGGAUCUGAAAGAGUGUUAUACAGAACCCAGUGAAGGCAAAAGAAAGAGAUUGGAUCAGGAAAACGCAGAUGGGAAAUCCACAGACCAACAGUCCAAGCGACUGCCAUCUCAAGACCUAACCACGUUUAGAAUCUGCUGCAAAUGCAGUGGAAGUCUGGCUCGACACUUCAGCACACAGGAUGUUAGUAAAGUCUUGGGAGCAAGUCUGACCACAUUGCUGGGCUGGAGGGUUGACCUUAAACACCCUAAUUUAGAGGUUAAUGUAAAUUUGACUGACGAUUAUUGUCUCCAGGGGAUCCCUCUGACAAAAUUUCCUCUAGCCAACAGAAAAUAUGCCAAGACCACUGGCCUGAGGUCUACAGUUGCCUGGGCUAUGGCCUCAUUGGCUCAGAUACAGCCAGGAUCUGUAGUGGUUGACCCAAUGUGUGGAGUUGGAACCAUCCUGAUCGAAGCUGCACAGGAGCACACUGGAACCUUUUUCCUGGGAAUUGAUAUUGAUGUGGAGCAGCUGGACAAAGCCAAUGGAAACAUUGUUUCUGCACAGCUAGAAGAUAGGGUGCAAAUACUUAAAGGCUCGUCUUUGGUUCUGCCUUUGCUCAGUGCAAGUGUGGAUGCAGUUGUUUGUGACUUGCCUUUUGGGCGUAAAUUUGGAACUAAAGAGGAUGCUGCCAUCAACUUACCUCUGAUUCUGUCAGAGAUAACAAGAGUGCUUCGGGACAUUAAAUCAAGCUCUGUUGUAAAACAGGAGUGCCUCUCUGAUGCAGCAGCUUUCACCACGCUCCUUGUGGACCUGUCCCGGCGGAAUCCGCAGGAGGAUUUCGAGUUGAUUCAGAGGAUAGGAAGCGGCACAUACGGCGAUGUGUACAAGGCACGCAAUGUCAACACAAGCGAGCUGGCUGCAAUCAAAGUUAUCAAACUGGAACCAGGUGAAGACUUUGCAGUUGUCCAGCAGGAGAUCAUCAUGAUGAAGGAUUGUAAACACUCCAACAUUGUAGCUUAUUUUGGAAGUUAUUUGCGGAGGGAUAAGUUAUGGAUCAGCAUGGAGUACUGCGGGGGAGGCUCUCUACAAGACAUCUAUCACGUCACCGGGCCUCUGUCGGAGUCACAGAUUGCUUACAUGUCACGAGAGACUCUACAGGGUUUAUAUUAUCUUCAUAACAAAGGCAAGAUGCACAGAGACAUAAAGGGAGCCAACAUCCUCUUGACCGACAAUGGUUAUGUCAAACUAGCCGAUUUUGGCGUGUCAGCCCAGAUCACGGCAACGCUUGCCAAGAGAAAGUCCUUUAUUGGAACGCCAUACUGGAUGGCGCCUGAAGUGGCUGCGGUCGAGCGAAAAGGCGGCUACAACCAGCUGUGUGACAUCUGGGCCGUGGGCAUCACUGCAAUAGAGCUGGCGGAGCUACAACCACCCAUGUUCGACCUGCACCCCAUGAGGGCUCUAUUUUUAAUGACCAAAAGUAAUUUUCAACCUCCAAAAUUAAAAGAUAAGAUAAAAUGGACAAAUAACUUCCACCACUUUGUCAAACUCGCUCUCACAAAAAACACAAAGAAGAGACCCACGGCUGAAAAACUAUUACAGCACCCGUUUGUGUCGCAGCCUCUGAGUCGGACUCUGGCCAUCGAGCUGCUGGACAAAGCCAACAACCCUGACCACAGCACCUUCAACGACAUCGACGACGACGAUCCGGAGCCAGAGUUCAAAUACAGGGGUUAUUUUCUACCCAUAAGCCCCGGUGCUCGCCGUGCCCCUCGCUUUGCGGCCCGUAGGAAGUCCCCUGUGUCCGUCCCGCACCGGAUCCGCUCCACCAGCAGGAGUACCCGGGAGGAGAAGACUCUCUCAGAGAUUAACUUCGGCCAGGUGAAAUUCGAUCCUCCGUUGAGAAAAGAAACAGAACCCCACCAUGAGCCGGAAUUGCAGUUGGAAUAUGGGCACGACUCACCAAGUCUAUUGGGAGGAAACCAUAAGAGUCUCUUGAAGUCUGUAGAAGAGGAGCUGCUGCAGAGUAAAUCCAGCACGAUCAUGAGGCCAAAAGUCCCUCCUCCUCUUCCUCCUAAGCCCAAAUCCAUCCCCACCUCCACACCGCCGCCACAUCCCAAGCUGAAACCGGACGACAGCCAAUCACAGAACGAGGAGGACGGGGGCGGGACCAUCAAACGAUGCCCCGUCCCAGAGACGUCGAGCCCCGCCAAAGCCUCUAACGUCCCCCCACGGCCCCCGCCCCCAAAGCUGCCCCCCCACCGGCGCAGUAGCCUAGGUAACGAGAGCACGGCCUGCCCGGAGGUGGAAAGCACAGCCCCAGAGGAUGAUGGGAGCUUUAGACAUUUCUGGGAAUGGCUCCACACGCCUCACACAGAGGAGGAGCUGGAGGAGGCUUGGGAGGUGCUGAAGGAGGUCAAAGAGGAGCAGGAGAAAGAGAAGGAAGCGAGUAAUGGACUGAACACUGCACACAACGGGGAGAAGAACAGCCCUGCUGAAAGGCAGUCCACAAUGCCCCCUAGUGUCCCAGCACGGAAAGACAAGAAAGAUUCUCAGAUGCAAGUCAGCAACGGGCUUCCACCAACUCCUAAAGUCCAUAUGGGGGCCUGCUUCUCCAAGGUCUUUAAUGGAUGCCCCUUAAAAGUUCAUUGUGCCACCUCCUGGAUUAACCCGGACACAAGAGACCAGUAUUUAAUAUUUGGGGCAGAGGAGGGCAUCUACACAUUAAACCUGAACGAGCUGCACGAGACCACAAUGGAACAGCUUUUCCCUCGACGGUGCACCUGGUUAUACGUCAUGAACAACUGUCUCCUGUCUAUAUCUGGCAAAGCAUCCCAGUUAUACUCUCAUAACGUGAGUGGUUUGUUUGAACAAGCCAGACAGUUACAGAAGCUGCCCGUCUCCAUUCCAACACACAAGUUGCCUGAUAAGAUGAUUCCUAGGAAGUUUUCAGUGACCAAUAAAAUUCCCGACACAAAAGGGUGCCAAAAGUGCUGCGUAGUGCGAAAUCCAUACACGGGUCAUAAAUACCUCUGUGGAGCCUUCCAGUCCAGUGUCAUGCUGUUGGAGUGGGUCGAGUCCAUGCAACGGUUCAUGCUCAUUAAGAACAUCGACUUCCCGUUGCCGUGUCCCCUGGAGGUCUUUGAGAUGCUGGUGGUCCCGGAGCACACUUACCCUCUCAUCUGCGUGGCUGUUACGAAAGGCACAGAACUGAACCAGGUGGUGAAGUUCGGUGCAGUCAACCCAAACGCCACCUCCUCCUGGUUCACCGAAACUGAUACACCACAGUCGUGCGUCAUCCAUGUUACUCAACUAGAAAGGGACACCAUUCUCGUCUGCCUUGACCGAUGCAUAAAGAUUGUUAAUCUUCAAGGGCGGUUAAAAUCCAGCCGGAAAUUAUCAGCAGAGCUCACUUUUAACUUCCAGAUUGAAGCAAUAGUGUGUCUACAGGACAGUGUGCUGGCCUUCUGGAGGCACGGCAUGCAAGGUAGAAGUUUCAAGACCAACGAGAUCACGCAGGAGAUCUCGGACAGCACACGGAUCUUCAGACUCUUGGGCUCAGACAGGGUGGUGGUGCUGGAGAGCAGGCCGACGGAUAACCCCACGGCCAACAGUAACCUCUACAUUCUGGCCGGUCACGAAAACAGCUACUGA